AAAAAAAAAAACAGAGAGCUCCUGUUUAUAAAAGUAGAAAUAUGUCUGUCUCUUUCUCUCAAAUUUCUCUCUCUCUUCGUUAUUUUUUCUCCGUAUUUUUGUUCUAAAUAAUAUUGUCUUUCAGAUCUCUAGAUUCUUCCAUUCUUUUUCUUUCCCUCAUUUCGCUUCAAUUCGGGUUUCUUUAAGAUAAGCUGGUGUUCUCUUUCUGGGCUGUGAUAUUUUCAUGAUUAUAAGCAGGGACAAAUUGCAGCAACAAUUUAUCGGAACAGCAUGGGCCAAAGAAAUAUGCAAUGCCCUAGUCAGAUGAUUGAUUUAGAAAUGGAUCAGCAAGGCCAGGGAUAUCUCCAUCAUGAACCCUGCAUCUUUUUGGGUGGCAUAACAAACUACCCGCCACCUGAUAUCCAGAUGGCGGUCACAGCUCCAGGGAACACAACUAGUCUUGAUCCUCAUCCCUUACCAGAGCAUUAUGAAAGCUCUAUGUUCUUUGGGAUGCCCCAAUACCCUGGUGUUCAGCAUCGUUAUUCCCCAAAUCUUGAUCUUGGUAUUGGAAGUGCAUCCAACUUUUACAUUCCCAAUGUGGCUACCCAUUCGUCUGGUGUUCCUGUAAAUCAUGGACCUACAGACCAGAUGCCAUCUUCUGGCAACUGCAGUCUCCUUGGAGUUUCUGCAGGUGAAUAUGCAAGGAAUUGCCACUUCAUGGAUAAUGCUAGAGGCUUGUAUAAGAGAAAGAAUUCUGAAGGGAUCCCAGGAAAUUUUCAGCAUUUUAAUGCCUCAUCAAGCUCUAGUUCCUCAGUUUCGCAAUUAAAUUCUAGGCAUCCUGAUGGGGUUGGCACGGCAGAUGCUGCAUCCUUCACCAUUCCUCAGUAUAGAGGGAAUGGCCCUCCACCAAUUAGAGAUGCAGGAUCUCAAAGAAGUAUGAGGAACAGAUUAGGGGCAACUGCAGUGGAUCCUGUUUUGAUGCAUAGUACUAACCAAUUUUUUCAAGGAAAUUACAUGGGCCAGCCCUUUCAUCCAACAAUAACCAAUGGAGGUGCCCCUGCUUGGACUCAGGCUCCUGGUGUUCCUUUUAUGCAUGGUAGCAAUAUUGGUGGACCUAUGGAGACUAGGCAUAGAAGUUCCACAAACUUUUCACAUUCUUCUCCCCUUGACCUUCGGAACCAUAACUACCAUCACCCUGCACCACCUAUUGAAGGAGUAAGAGGCCACAGCAUUAAUGUUCAUCCACAAUUAGCAGCAGUUCCAUAUCACUUUCCUGCAAAUUAUGCCUCACAGAGCACCAUGAAUCCUUCACAGGAUAGUUUGGAGAUGGGUCGUAGGCAUCUGGGACCAUUUCCACCUACUGGAUUUAGGAUAUAUCAUUCUCGCCGAGAGGUUGUUGUACCUGAGACGACUCUGAGACAUCGCAAUCUUCCUCACCUGAGAGUUCUUCCACCUGAUGGAGUUGCUGUGCUGGAGUUCCCAGAGUUUUAUGAAGAAGUAGGGAAUUUUAUUGAUCAUCACAGGGAUAUGCGCUUGGAUAUAGAGGAUAUGUCUUAUGAGGAGCUACUUGCACUCGGAGAGCGGAUUGGCAACGUGAACACUGGCUUGUCAGAGGAAACCGUUAUGAGUAAAUUGAAAACAAGAACUUAUUCAACAUUCGCAACUAAUAUUAAUCUGAAAGAGGCGGCACCCAUUGAUCAAGAACCUGAUUCUUGCAUUAUUUGCCAGGUAAUAUUAUUUGUUGAAGAGCUUAAACUACCCAUCUCUUUGUUCAGGUUUGAAGCACGCUUUUUCAUCACCCGUCACAAUUCACUCCUAACAUAUGGAAUCUGCUAUUUCUCCUGGAAUUUUGCCAGGAGGAUUAUAAGAAUGAAGAGAAAAUCGGAACUCUUGAUUGCGGACACGAGUAUCAUGCAGGUUGCUUAAGAAAAUGGCUGUUCGUCAAGAAUGUAUGCCCCAUCUGCAAAACUGAGGCAUUAGCCACAGUGUCCAAGGAUGUAUAACACAUGGGGUGACUUAUUCCAGCUAAAGUAAUAAAUUACAUAAAUGGUUGAUGGUGGCAGAAUCAGUUAGAGGAAGCUUUCCUCUAAUGACUAAUCUGUUUACCAUAACUAAACUGGUAUUGUCCAAGUAUUUUGUACAUGAACUUGCAGAUAUCUAACAGACUGUCAAUCAUUUAUUUGUUGGCUCUGUAAUUAACAACAAUUGUACAGACUCUCAUUAUGCAGUCUCAUGCUGUAUUAUCAACUUUCAGCUAUAAUGUGUUUUUCAU